GAACAGAACCAGCUUACAAUUUCACAUUGUGGGAUUCCUGUGGUUUUUACUUAGCCAUCCUGUGGCGACCCCUGUGGUGUGGCGUGGUUAUGCCGUGUUUGUUGUUCCAGUAUCACUUUCAAUUUUGACCUAUUUGAAAGUUUAAUCGAUAACAUGCUACAAAGCUUGAGGUUUUGUAGUGCAAGAUGCACGGGCGACCGAAACAGUCCCAACUGGAGAAAUACAAGAACUUCUGAACGCACCGUUAUCUGCAAGCGUACAACGAUCUUUACAAUCAUCGUUGUUGGCUUUAUUUACUACGAAAUUAACGUUCAUAAUUUUAGCUGGUACACCAAUAAUUCCGGUGGCCCGUGCAAAAUAUCGAAAAAAGACAUGAUGGAUUUGCUGUCACUCUCCCAAGAUACCAGCAUAGUUCUGAAUAGAUUGAAAAUAAACCAUUUUCUUGUUUAUGGAAGUCUAUGGGGAGGACUGCGGAAUAAUGGACCAUUGCCAUGGGAUACUGAUUUCGAUUUUGGAAUUUUUUACAACGAAAUCAUCAAAUAUUCUGAACAAGAAGUCAAAGAUAAAUUCAAAGCCUUUGAUAUUAACUGUUACUAUUCAUAUCGAUUUGGUUUUUAUCGAGUAACAAGAGGUUCUGCCAGAGGAGACUUAAUGAUUUUCAGAGAUUAUUACAACAAUGGAUGGAUGCAUAGAAUUGGAGUGGAAGCUUACUUGGCAUUUGUGAACUAUAGAAAAUUUCAUGUAUUCCCUGCUCACCUUGUUAAGUUACCACUAGAUUCCAGUCCAUUUGGUAGAGUUAAUGUAUCUAUCCCACAUGGCGGAGUAGAAAUUCAAAGAUAUUUCUAUCCACAUGAUUGGUGGAAAAUUUCUAAACCAGGAGGAUGCAUAAACCAUUUUGUAUAGAAACUUUGCUAUUCAGCUUAAAUGCACAAUGAAUUCAUGUAUUUUUAAGGACUUAAGCUAUAUUUUUGUGCAACAGCAUAAAAAAUAUAUAUAUAUAUAUAUAUAUUAAAUUUUCAUUUUCAUUUUCA